AUGCACACACUCAAAGCAGUGGCCUCAUCGACUCUGUCGCUCCCGGCGGAUAAUUACAUCUACUCGAUCGUCCCGUCAGCGCCGGGGACAUUUGCCGCCAUCUCAUCAGAUGAUUCACUACGCGUGUUUGACGCCGCCGAUCUCGAUCGCGGGUCUGUGGUCUCGAACGCUACUCACAAUGGCGGUGUUACCACGCUGCGGAGCUUCGCCAUGGGCGAGUCGCACCUCUUGGCUACGGGUGGCCGCGAUGGGAAGGUGAAGGUUUGGGAUGUUCGGGCUGGGAAUGGGAGUCCGGUUGUGGAGAUGGAAACGGCGAAAAAGUCGCCUGUUCUGUCUGUGGCUUGGAACCCGGAGACAAACACUAUUGUUGCGGGAACGGAGCUUGUCUCUUCGCAGGCUGUUGUUGCAUUCUGGGAUAUCCGCUCCCCCCAGGAAUUCCGCCUCCAAUAUGUGGAGAGCCACAAUGACGAUAUCACCGAGCUCCAAUAUCACCCGACGCGCAGCAACAUCUUACUCUCCGGCAGCACGGACGGACUAGUGAACAUCUACGAUACGACCAUAACAGACGAAGACGAAGCCCUGGUUCAAGUGAUCAACCACGGCUCCGUACAUCAUGCCGGGUUCCUGUCGGAAAGCACGAUCUUCGCCCUGAGCCACGACGAGCACUUCUCCGUGUACCCGGCCACAAACCCGGACGAUGCCUCGCAGGAGCCCGAGCCCGUGCAUUUCGGUGACGUGCGAGACCCGCUGGGCUGCGAGUAUGUUGCGCAGUUGUGCGUCGGCGCGCAGGGGCCGUAUAUCGCGGCUGGGAAUAAGAUUGACAACCGUCUCGAUCUUGUCCCACUCGUUUCCAGCCCGUCGUGGAAGCUGGACCGGGAUAAUCUGUGGCGCUUGCCCCGUGCUCAUUGCGAGGAGGUUGUGCGCUCGGUGUAUUUGGAUGAGCAGAGUCAAUCAGUUUUCACCUGUGGUGAGGAUGGCUUCGUGCGAGCAUGGAGGGCUGAAGAAAGUGAUGCUCCAAUCCAGUCUGGGUCUGCAAAGGCUCGGCCGAAGGAGAAGAAGAAGGAUAGAUUCAAGCCGUACUAG